GUUGACUUGUAAAAAAUGAGUUUUGGGGCCAGAAGCACGGAUACGAGACAGACGAUUUGAAGGGCAACUUUCAACUUGAGGUAUUUGAUUGAGAAUCGAAAUCGAGCAGUUUAAGUUGAUCGAGUUGAAUUCAUAUCAGUUUUUUCUUACAACUGUUGGUCGAGUCGAUUUCAAGCGUUGUGUAACAGAUUGUGUCUAUAUCGGGAGAGAAGCUCAAAGCUAAAGGUAAGACACAGCUUUUAGCAAACCAUCUUAAAAUAUUUACGUGGGGAUAUUUACGAGUCGCACAUAAAGAAACGCACACCGUCAAUAAUAUCCUUGUCACAGCUUCCCAGUUCUUUAAGCUAAGCAAGCUUAUUGGUAUGUGUAAUAUAAAUUUUUUCCGUGGGUAAAAUCUGAAUUUCGAAAGAAGUUUCUCUUUGGUCUGACGUAUAACGCAAAGAUGCUUGAGUCAAAUUUGUUUUCGAGAAUUAUUGAAGGCGGAAAUCGAAAGUGAAAUGGUCUGAAAUGGAAUGACUUGGAAAUAUUCCUAAAGCUGAGUUAUUUUAGGAAUCAAUUUGUCUUUGCUUCAUUUUUAAAAAUGAGCGUGAUUUUCUUGCACGAUUUUUAAAUUUAAAAAUUUGCUAUAGUUUUCCAUUUUAAGUUAUUAUUUGAUUCCAUGAUAUAUUCGCUUUAAGAGAUAUUCGAUUUAUACUUUUGAAUGACGUAAUGUUUUCUCUUGCAAAUAUUGGGUUGGAUAGAAAAGCAACUUGAAGCCAUGGAAAGUUUUUUUUUUCAACAUAAUUAAAUUCGCUGGAUCUAUCCUAUGAAAAAUGUUUCAUUGAGAUUUGCUUUUUUUCUUUUUCUUCUGUAUUUAUUCUUUGACUUACCCCUCCCCACAGAGUGGCUUUACCCAGGCAAAACGUUAUGGCGGGAAAUUCAGUCGACGUCUCUCAAUGGAUGGAAAAAUUGCCAAAUGAAAAGAAACUGAAAGAUUUAGUGAUCCCAGGAUCUCACGAUUCGGGAACGUUUUCUCUUGAUAAAAACAUGGAGAUUGGUCCCGAUGAACCCAACCUCAUUCGUAAGUUUGGGAAAUUGGUGAAGCCUGUGGUCUACAAUUGGUCUGUCACACAGUCCAUGACAAUUUACGAACAGCUUAGGUCGGGCAUUCGCUAUCUGGAUCUCCGUGUCGCGUACAGAACCGCAGAUAAAAACUCUGAGAUACGUGUUUUACACGGUUUGUUUGGUUGGACGAUUGAUCAAGUCUUGGACGAAGUGAACCGAUUUGUGGCGAAUUACCCGAAAGAAAUUGUCAUUUUAGACUUCAAUCAUUUCUACAAAAUGGAUCAAGCUGCUCAUAAAAAACUUGCAGAUACUCUGGAUGCUUCGUUCAGCAAGAUUUUACGCGCUCCCGGCCGCCAAGGCCCGAAUGUCACCCUUCAAGAGAUGUGGGGAAACGAAGAGAAGGUCAUCAUUAUUUAUCACGACUAUGAUGUGGUCGAUACUUACCCCUGUUUCUGGCCACCCCAUCUAAUCUGCUCCCCGUGGCCGAACACAGAUGAUACGAACCAACUGUUGGAAAUUCUCAACAAACAGUCAGAAGCGUCCAGUGUUUCCGAAGAUGCCUUGCAGGUAACACAAGCUCUCCUCACGCCACAAAAUUUAACUAUAGUUAAACACGUGACAAGCACUUUAAAAGAUGUUCUGGCUUCGAAAUGCAACCGCCAAGUGACCAAGUGGCUGAAGACUCUUCGUGGCACCAAGAGUCACAAAUUUAAUAUUAUCAUCGCUGACUUCGUUGAACUCAGCGAUUUUAUCCCAACUGUCAUCAGUCUGAAUUAAUUUUUCUAACUUGCCAAUAUAUUGACAGACCAUAUAGAAGUUAUUAAGGAUAAAAGCCAAUUUUUUUGAUUGUUAACUACCUUGAUAACGAUUUUCUUCUUGUUUGUUACGAUUUUAUAUAGUUACAAUGCUUAUUCGUGUAGAUGUACCUAUCUAUUGUUCUUGAAACCCGACACUCAUUAGCGUCCUCUUUGCGUCCCACGCUCACAUAAAUGGCGACCUUAGCGUCCUUUCUUUAGUUGUAGUUAGUAAUUCAAAGGAUCUUGACCUUUGCUACCUUUCUAACCUUAAAACCUCUGAAAUCUUUGGUGCAAGUGGGACCAAUAUGUAAGUUUAUCCUUUUAUUUUGAUUAGACAAAGGUACUUGAAAAUCUAUUGCGCUGUGUACCUUUUUAAUUGCUUUGUGAUAAGUAGCCAGAAUCACGCUAAGCGUCUACCAGUGUACAUCCAACUUUUAGUUUGAGAACGCUUGGGCCAUUAACUGUUUGCGUGAAUCUCUUAAUGUAGCGAGUUUUUUUUGCCUUUUUAUGUUUUCAUCGCGAUUUGAGUUGUAAUUAAGUUAGAUUCGUUUUACACGCUUGUAUCUUAUAUUUUGGAAGUUUUCGCCUUGUUUGAUAGGAAUUUAUUGUAUUUUUAUUUCAGUUUACUAGAUAUACGCUGGAAGAAAGUCAUCCUUAUUGCCUUUACUGAUUGAAUAAGCUUUUCAUGAGAGAGAUUUAAAACAAUUAAAUAUAGCAAAAAUUCAAUAUUCUCAAGUUCAAGGUAGCUCUUUAUUAGGAUAUCCUUGUUCUGUAUUUAAACAUUCCUGGGAGAGUACAAACUAGUACAUUUUCAACAGCAAAGCAUUGCAAUAUUCGAGUAGUUUAUAACUUUUGAGUAAAAUCAUAAGUUAAACAGGUUUAUCUUUCAGCUCUAUCAGUG